AUGGUCGUUUCUUCAGAUGCGUCGCUGAUUGCAGUGGUGUCGUCAACCUUCAUGGCACUCCUUGAGAUCGAGCACACGCCGAGCCCGACAUUUUUGCGGAUGGGCGACGCCGACGCACUUGGCGAUGCGAGUCGCGAUGAGGUCGUCAUUACGGCGGAGGAGAUGAGGCGCAUCGCUUGCACGGUUGGCGAUGUGCGUGGUGUGGUAUUCAACAGUGACGCCUCUAUAGCGGCGGUGUGCACGGAUUCGGCUCUCCUGCUGUUGAGUAACAUUUUCGGUGACGCCUCGAAUGACGAUGAGGACGGCGCUGAACCACACCUGGCAAGCUUCGACUGCACCCAUCUCGGCGCGUCAACGCAAGGGUGUUCCGUCACCUGCUUCACUGGAGCACGACAGCUGCUCGUUGUAGACGAUGUCAACCAUCUCGUACUCCUUCGAUGCGUGAAUAGAGAAGAGUCGAGCGAUGUAAGCGAGGACGCCCACAUGCGCGUCGCGUGCCCACCAAAUGCGUCGCCGAUGGCAGUGAAACUGCAGCUGAUGGUGGACGGACACAUAUGCGCCCGCACCGCUCGCGUCACCUCUCUCGCCUGUAGCCACAGCGGCGUCUACGGGGAAAGCUUAGUGGUGCUAGGGCUCUCCAAUGGCACCGUGCAACUCUUGAACGGACACCAACUGCAAGCACUGCGCACCUGGAAUGUGCGGGACGCCAUCACCGCCGCCUUCAUUCGCUCCUCGGACGAAGCGGCGCUCGCCAGCUUGCGUCGUCGCAGUGGGCUGUCGCAGGCUGCAAUGCGGGAUCGCCUCGGGAUUCCAGAUGCGGCGGCAUCUACUGCAGCGCCGCCGGUGGUGACUAUCUUUGACGUCUGUGUCGGUGCUCAUCUUAUCACGGUGUGCACAUCGCACGGCGUCGUCUACUACAGCAGAUUCACGUUUCAGCUGGAAAGCGCGUACACGCAGCUCUUGACAACGCCGCUUGUGCAGGCAGGAGCGGCGGCUGCCGCAGGGACGUCUGCGCUCGGCGACGUCGCAAUGCGGGGUGGGUCGAAUGGCCGUUGGGCGUACAUCAACGUGUUUGACGGCGUCCUCUACUUCUCUCGGCGGGACGUCGACACGCAGCACACACUGAAGGUGCGCUCGGCGGAGGGGAAAGCGGCUAGCAACGACAUUGUACACGCACGUACCCCACUGCCAGCCACAUGGUUAGACAACGUGGCCAGUGCAAGGCUUGCUCAGCGACCCUUCCUGUCGUCAGAUGCGCGGCGGCGGCAGCCGACGAAAGGGAGCGGUUACACUGAUGCCCCUUGGUCUGUGCAGCAGGAGCGCAAGCGAAAGGCACGGGCAGCCGCGGCCCGCGACCGCAAGGCACAGGCAUUCGGGGCAGUGUCAGCCUCGGCAGUAGCGUCUACAAACGAGCUUCGCUUCCAGUACGACUUCGCCUCCAUCUUCGGGGUCGGACGUGCAACACUGACACGCAUGGAGGCCUCCAGCUCCGCCUUGCGUGGCCUUCACACGCGUGCUGUCGUGGCGACCGCGUUUGCCACCGCCGGCGAUGCCCUCAUCACCGCCGGUGCUGACAGUCGAAUAAGGCAACUGCACUUCCCCAUCGCGCGCACAAGGGGGACGGACGGAGUCGCUGGACGCAUCUUGGCUGGUCACGCUGCGGCUGUCACCGCAAUCGAUGCAAACCUGUCGCGUCAGCAUCCUCUCAUCCUCUCUGCCGGUGCGGAAGGCUGCCUCCGGCUCUGGUCACCCGGAGCACGGGACACACCACUAGCGGAGUGCACCGUGGGCUGCAGCGGCGCCAAGUUGGCGCGCCCAGCGCCGGGGAAACCGAUUGUGGCAGCGCAGUUCUUCUACCUUGACAAGCUAUUGCUCUCAUGCGCGGCAGAUGCACUCGAGCUUCGCCGUAAUGUUGGCGGCAUCUGCUCUUCGCUGGCGACAGCAGCGCCGUCGAGCACCUCCGAAGCGGAUAAAGUUCUCUCACAAGCCCCUCUGUACAGGUUCUCUGUCGGCACUGGUCACUCCAUAACCUCAGCUACAGCAGUGAACCACUUCGCCAGCAACCUUAUCUUCCUGGCCACCUCGGAAAAGGAGGUGCAGGUGCUGGAUGUGGCGGCGAACACGGUGCUCUGGCGCGAGGGGACAACGCACACGCGCGGUAUCUACCGCGUCGCCACAGGCCGCACGAGCCGCUACGCCGCAGCCGAUGUAGACAGUGGUGCCGCGCAUCUCUUCAUGUCGGCGUCGCUCGACAGCACUGCGGCGCUUUGGGAUGUGCGCAUAGCGAAGCCGGUGCAGCUCUUCACGCAGCACUCGAACACAGGCAUUCCAUCGCUGGCGCUCGAGGUUGCUCCUGGGAUCGGCGUGGUGGCAGUAGCGAGCCAGGAUAAUGCGGUUUACAUGUACGACCUUCGUGGCGGUUGCGGUGGCGUCGCUCUCGACGUGUUGCGUGGGUUCGACUCGUACGUCACUUCUCUUGCCUGGCACCCUCUCCGCCCAUUCUUGGUGGCAGGGCUGGCCAGCGGAGACGUGCACGUUCUCCAACACGCCACGUAG